AUGCCAAACAAAGCCCAAGAGGAUGCUGUAAUUAACUUGAAGACACUGCAGGAGAUUUCCAGUCAGCUUGGUUUUGAGUGGACUGUUUUGGCAUAUGAACUUGGCUUCAACAGAACCGAGACAAGGCGGUUCCACACCAAAUCUACAGAGAAGAGUGUCCAGGCUAGGACCAUGUUGGAAAGCUGGUAUGAGAAGUCAUGGGAUAAGCCCAAUAAGACUAAGGUACUGCAGGAUGGACUGGAGCGAGUAGGCAGACGGGAUCUGGCUGAGAGGCUACGCUGCCUCCACUGGGGCCACCAGAAGCUGAGCCAAAGGGUUGAGCUGCCUUCUGCCUUUCCUUACCUCAUCACAGUCCACAAGACCAUCCACAACCAAGACGCACUACGCAGGAUCAACGACCUCAACCGUCGAUACAAAUAAAAGUUGGGAGAAAAUGCACAUGUAAUUAAGUCCAUAGUUCUUAUUUUACACGUAUAUAGUAGGAUAUACUGCACACUGUAAGUAGUCUAAAAUAAAUUGAUUAAAAUAAUCAAAAUUAUUGUUGAUCAAAUUAAUCAACUAUUCACUUAAAUAAAAGGGCACAUGUGGUUGUGGUCAGCUGGGUUUAAGAAGUCCACAUUACAAAAUCUGAAUGUGCCAUGAACGUGUAUACAGAAAUAAAUAUAUACAUAGGGCAACAAUAAACUAAAAAAA